AUGCAUCCUUCCAACACCACCUUGUUUUGCCUUUUAACUUGUCUCUUCUCUGUCAUCAGCAGUGCCACUCUUAAUCUCACACUUCCAUAUCAACAUCCCAAUCCUCAAGCAGUUGUUCAUGAAGUUCAAAGGAGAUUAAAUGUAUCGAUAUACAGAAGAGAAAUGCUGGACAUCGGCGGCGGCUGUCUCACCGGAAACCCAAUUGACGAUUGCUGGAAGUGCGACCCCAACUGGGGCUACGACCGGCAACGCCUAGCUGACUGUGGCAUUGGGUUCGGACGGUUCGCGUUAGGCGGCAAAGGAGGCCAGUAUUACAUGGUCACCGACUCCUCCGAUAACGACGUCGUCGAUCCAACUCCGGGAACCCUCCGCUACGCCGUCUUACAAACUGAACCUCUAUGGAUCAUCUUUGCAUCCAGCAUGCUCAUCAAACUAAAACACGAAUUGAUCGUCAACAGCUACAAAACCAUCGACGGCCGUGGCGUCAACGUCGCAAUCACCGGCGGUGGUUGUAUCACCCUCCAGUAUGUCACCAACGUCAUCAUUCACAAUAUACGUAUCUACGACUGUAAACCCUCCGGCAACGCCGACAUACGGUCAAGUCCAACGCAUGUUGGCCGUAGAGGCUUAUCGGACGGUGACGGAAUUUCGAUUUCCGGGUCAAGAAACAUAUGGAUCGAUCACUGCUCUCUUUCUCAUUGUACAGACGGCUUGAUUGAUGCAAUUCUUGGAUCCACCGCCAUUACAAUUUCAAACAGUUAUUUCACUCAUCAUAAUGAAGUUAUGCUCAUGGGACAUGAUGAUGCAUAUCUGCCCGAUAAAGGGAUGCAGGUUACGUUUUCAUUUAAUCAUUUUGGGAAAGGGUUGAUUCAGAGAAUGCCAAGAUGUAGACAUGGGUAUUUUCAUGUUGUAAAUAACGAUUUCACCGAAUGGAAGAUGUACGCCAUCGGUGGCAGUGCAAAUCCAACGAUCAACAGUCAGGGUAACCGCUACAUCGCUCCACCCGAUCCUAACGCAAAGGAGGUUACAAAGCGAGUGGAAGCAAACGAGAAGAAUUGGGCAGGGUGGCAUUGGAGGACGGAUGGCGACUUGAUGGAAAAUGGCGCGUAUUUUGUGCCCUCUGGUGAAGACAUGAGUGCUAUGUAUGCAAAGGCGACUAGUAUCGACCCUAAAUCAGCCUUUCUAGUCGACCAACUCACGAUGAACGCCGGCGUCUUUGGUGGGCCCAGGUACACGUCUUAUGUAAUUUAUGUGAUCGACUUUUUAAACCAUCAUAAUUUCGAUUUUAAUCAUAUAUCGCAUGUUAAGAUCAUGUGGUAAUUUCAUAUUCAAAU